CCUUCAGAAUGGAAAGUUGGAACCAAAAACUUCACUCAAAACUCAUCCAACAGCCAAACAAGAAGAAAAUCAAAUCUCUGGUUCUGAUGACCAGCCCUUGUAAAGUCAACCAUUUUCCACAAGGAAUCGGAGAGGUUUGAUUGAAUUUCGCAUCCUCAUUCUCGAUCAUUUGGAUGAGAAAAUUUUCAUCCAAGCUGUUGGGAGAGAGAGAAAGAGACAGAAAGAGGUGGCUUGUGUACCAGCGAGCUAGUGACAAUGGCGACCAUGCUGACUUCUUUAGCUAAGGACCUGUAAGAUUCUUGAACUUAUAUCUCAAGAAGUAGAGACAUCUUUGUGGUCUGAGAUCGGAGAUUCGUAAAUGUUCGUUUUUAUUGUUGUUGUGUUCUUUUAUUGCUCAUAUAUGCAUAUAUAUAUACACACUCUCUCUCAUAAGACAUAGGAAUAUGGAUGUUGGCUUGAGGAUGAGUAGCAGUCAAGUAUUAGAAUGGGCAAGUCUUCCUCUGCCCGUUCUCUUUUUGGUUUUGGAUAGGUUGGUAGAACCCAUUGACCAUAUUCGAUUUGCUGCUGUUUGCAAAGAAUGGUGUGUUCUUGCAAAAGAAUACAAUCACAAAACGCAGCGUUGGCGUAAGCUACUCCCCAUGCUCCUGGUUCCAACAGAAUGUGAAGGAAAGCGAAAACUGUACAGCUUCCCUGCAGGAAAAAUCUACGACAUUGAAUUGCCAGUGCCUUGUAAUAGUAAGAGGUAUUGUGAUUCUAGCUAUGGCCAUGGUUGGUUGGCGACAAUGGAUGUGUUAGAUAGAGGUGGAUUGACUAUAACUCUGGUGAACCCUUUCAGAAAAGCAGAGGCGCCCAUUCGUCUCCCUCGCUUGGAUUUCAAAGUCCUCCGUAAGUACUGCGAGGUUUGCCUCCCGAAGAUUAUCUUAUCUGAGGAUCCCACAUUGAAUCCAGACAGUUAUGUGGUUGUAUCAAUUUACAAACAUGUUUCUGAGUUGGCUUUCACUAAAGGAGGACAAAAGUUUUGGAUUUACAGCAAGCGUUUAAGAGGGUGCUUGCUUACUGAUGCUAUAUUUCAUAAAAGCCAAGUCUUUGCAGUUGGAAAGUGGGGAAACAUUCUUUCCUUUGAUAUCAAUAGCAAGCCAAUAGAAGCAAAGAUUCUUAACCCACAAGAAUGUCCGUUCUCACGUUAUGCUGAUAAAGCUUAUCUCGUGGAAUCAACCAAUGGAGACUUGUUGCAUGUUCGAAGAUUUUUGAAAGAUGUUGACGGAGAUGCCUACCAUGAAGAGUUUUGGACUGAGAGAUUCAUGGUUUACAAGUUGGUGUUCAAUGAGAGGGAUGGAUCCGUUGUGCAGCAUGUUGAAAUAAAAAGUAUUGGGGAUGAGGUUAUGUUCCUGGGUGACGAUUAUUGUAUCUCUGUUUUGGCUUCAAACUUUCCUGGGUGCCAACCCAAUUCCAUAUAUUACAUGGAUGAUUGUACAAAAUUGGGAGGAGCACGUGUACCUGAUACUGAUAGCGAUAGCAGACCAAGUGUUAUAGGCAUUUUCAAUUUAGAGGAUGAAACCAUCACACGACAUUACUCUUUAAACAUUUCACCCGCACUUUGGAUUGUACCCCUGUUUAAUGGACUCUGCUAACUUCUUCAAGUUCAGCUAAUUACAAUUGCACUUGUUCUCCAAAGGCCACCAAGACAACUCUUUGUUUCUGCUGCCUGAGAGUGUUGGUUUACUGGGAAGGGUCAGAUGUAAUGGCUCCAGAUGUUGUUCGCCGUUCUUCCUCCCUCCUAUUUUGACAAUCAUCUUUUGUUUGAAUCUUGUGGUGUGCUGGUGGAAUAUAUGUUGUGGUCAAAAUUAAUUGAGGUCCAGUUUGGUGAAGCUUGAAGAGGGAGAGAGAAAUAUAUUCUGAAUUAGAUCGAAGAUGCUGGAAAAGGAUUGGUAUUUGUAUGUGCGAACAAGUGAUUGUUGUGCUGCCUAAAUACUAGUAAAUUUAUGUGUGAUCAGUUGAACAAGUAUGAUACUGCGGCUGCUGCAAGUUUUUCAAACUCAAAUCUCUCCUGGAUUGGAUAGUUUAGUUCUGUGUUUCUGUUUGGUAACUGCCUCAUCAACCUCAUGCCAAGAUGGUAUUUCCUCACUUUUCGGUAUUAGAAAAGACCAAAGCUUGCAAUUUAGGUUCUGGGUUUCAAGUAUGUGAUACUACAGAGACUCUGGAUGAUUGUCAAAGAAAGGGUUGAUUCUACUUUGGUGGACAACCACAUGGAAGACUCUAUGACACUUGAAGAGGGUUCUGCUGGUUUUCAAGAUUCAAUGCAAGCAGCGACGCCGGUUCCUAAAUCUGAAUGCAAGAAAGUUUAUUUUGCAGAGAUGACUCUUGAAUAAAGAUCUAAGAAUUAAACUGUGAGGUCACAUUAAGAAGUGAGCCAACAAAUGAUUAGCACCGUAUUAACUUAUAUUUGUUAGUGCUUGAUCACUUACCAAGGUAGAGGAAGCAAAGGAAAUAUCAACUGGGUUGCCUAAAUGAAGUACCUAAGCUUAUGGGUGAUGAUCUGGUGAUGAUUAAGCAAACCUUGCUUCUCAUAUUAGUGGAUUCAAUUGUGAAGGUUCUACUGAUUCAUGGCUGUAAAUUUAAUAGUACAAAGAAAAGCAGGAUGCAUACCCUUGAAUUAGAAUACAUAAUUGGUACAAAGAAAGAAACAUAAAUUUGUGCUUCGAAGAUGUUAAAGAAACAUAAAUUUGUGCUUCGAAGAUGUUAAACUUGAACUAGUAUCUUUAACUGAAUUCAUAAUGACAAAUAUUG